GCUAUGCAACGUGUCGUCUUUCCGGAAGUGUGCAUCUUGGCUUAGGCUGGUAUUUCUCAAUUUAUUGUCCUUAAUAUGCGCAGUAUGAAUUUAAGGAGAGCUGAAUAGACAGACGCGAUUAUAUUUUGCCCGUAAUAGGUAGUCGGUUUUGUUGCACUGAUUACAAUGCAGAAAUUGUCAGUAUUUCAACUAACUGGUAGAGAAUUAGCUGUCUAGCUAGCUCCGCCCAAGACUUGGUUGCUAUAGAGAUGGCAGCUGAGAAGGAUGGGCUUUUUGAGGAUCCAAACUUUGCAGCUGAUGAUUCCGCCCUCUUCUCAGACUACACCACGCCCCUUUCCAGACUCACUGGUAAAGUCACCUGGCUCCGCCCCAAGCAAAUCUGUAAGAGUCCAUGCCUCUUCCCUGAUGAUUUUACUGAGGCUUACCCAAAACAAGGCAUUCUGGGUGAUUGCUGGUUGCUGUGUGCUUGUGACAUGCUGCUGAAGAGCCGCUAUCUGCUGGAUCAGGUAAUGCCCCCUGGACAGUGUAUUUGGGGGCAGAAAGGUUAUACUGGUCAGUUUCGGUUCCAAUUCUGGAGGAAUGGCCACUGGACAGAAGUUCGGAUAGAUGAUCGACUGCCCUGCAUCAACAACACACCCUGCUUCUCUCGCUGUCGCAACCCUAUGGCUUUCUGGGUAGCAUUGUUGGAGAAAGCAUAUGCAAAGCUGCAUGGUUCAUAUGAGCAUUUAUGGGCAGGACAGGUGUGUGAGGCAGUGGUGGACCUGAGUGGGGGAGUGGCUGAACGCUGGAGUUUAAAAAAGUCUAUGAGCACACCUGGAGGGAGGAGCUUGUUCCCAGAGCUCUCAGAAGAGAUGAGGAAACGGAGUUACAUCAGUUGUUGUGUACAUGAAGCCCCUACAGGUGCCCCUGAGCAGGGUCAGUUCCAUGCUUUGAGUGUAAUGGAAUGGAAAGAUGUGAAAACAAGUGCUGGAGCACAAGUGCAGCUGCUGCAAAUACGCAACCCAUGGGGCAGGAGGUGCUGGGAAGGAGCCUGGACUGAGAAAGGAGCAGGAUGGACUUUGCUGGACCCUUCAUGCUCUGCAGACUUGUUGGGCCACACAAAGGAAGGGGAAUUCUGGGUGGAUGAGCUGGAAUUCCAGCAGAAAUUUGAUGACGUGACUGUAGGAUAUCCAAUCACUGAGGAUCAUCAUCUUCAGAGUAUUUACACAGGGUCUCUCUUGACUCACACCCAGCAGAUAGGUGGCUCCUGGGUCAAAGGCCAUUCAGCAGGAGGUUGCCGCAACAAUAGCAGCUACAGCAGCAAUCCUAAAUUCUGGUUAAAGGUUCAGGAAGGAGGAGAGGUGCUCAUGUCACUUCUGCAGCAUGGACCAUGGAGCUCAUUGUACAAUUCCCAGGAAGGGCAAUCAAUUAGCAACACUCAUCAGCACCCGUACUAUCAAGCCAUUGCACUGCAUGUAUGGAAGGUAGACAAAAAGCGCUUUAACUUGACACAGACACUGAACUCGACGCCCUGUGCAUCCUCACUCACGCACACAUAUGAGCGUGAGGUGGUGAUACACGCACACUUAAGUGCUGGGUUCUACCUGCUUGUGCCCAGCACCUUCCUACAGGGUGCACAGGGGCACUUCCUUCUUCGAGUGCAUGCUACUUGCCCCACUUACCUCAGUGCAGUAAAGGUGCAUGUGCAGCAGGAGUGUGUAGGUGGAGAAUGGGAGAUGACAAGUGUGCAUGGUUGCUGGACAGUUGGCACUACGGCAGGAGGAGGUCGGAACUUCCCGUCACAUGGACAGAACCCUCAUAUUCCCCUCAUAGUGACUUAUGACCCUGGGGGGACAAACAUUAGAGUCAUUCUACGCCAGCAUAGCCCAGAGAACACUCUUCAUGCCAUUGGCUUUCAUAUUUAUAAGGUUGCUGGUGAAGUGGAUGGAAUGGUGAUCUCAGGCACAGUGUGCCCUGUGGUGAGUUGUGUUCCUCACUCUCACUCUCAGGAAGUAAGUGUCCAGUGUAGGCUGCCCCCUGCUGGCUAUGUCAUUCUGCCCUCCACAUACCAGCCAGACUGCAGUGCAGAAUACACACUCACCAUCGCACAGAAAAUACCAAGUGAACUGUAACAACGGGACCGGUUCAGGAAGAAGUUUUUACCUUUUACCGAGAGAGGAGAAGAGGCAGAGAGAGUGGAUUGUCUUUUUCUGGAAGAGGAGAAGAGGCCGAGCGAGAGGAUAGGCUUUUUCCGAAAAAGGAGAAGAGGUGGAGCGAGUGGAUUGGCUUUUUCCGAAAGAGGAGACGAGGCAGAGAGUGUGGAUUGUGUAUGUGAAGCCAGAGGGUUGGCUUUUUCUGAAAGAGGAGAAGAGGUGGAGAGAGUGGAUUGUGCGCAUGAAACAAAAUCAAGCAGUCAAAGAAGAAAUGGACCAGCAACGCUCAAGCAAAAAGGAGAAGAUUGGAGGUAAACAUUUUUACUUUUGCUUGCAAUUGACAAGUCAAGAAUCCUGAGGGAUCCUGUACAAUCAUUGUGGAAAUGAGACAAACGGAUAUUUCCUCGCUUAGAGUAGGCUAUAAAUAGUAUAAUGCCGCGGAUGGCAGGCUAAUGUGGCCUACCGGCACCCUGUCAAGUAAUUGUUACCUAUUUCCACUAGGGACGGCGGUUUAAUUAUUCUUCAAAAGGGCUCUUAUUUAGUAUUACGACGAAAGUAGGAAUUUAUCAUAACUACCAGGAUAAACCGUUUGGGCGUGAGUCUUGUUGAGGUCCGGGGUCACCGCGAUCAGAGUUGGCCGAGUCGCUGUCCGAUUCCGAGGCCGCACGGUCAAACCAGUGAGCCACAUUCACCGAUUCCUUCGCACCGGCCAUAGGUUCAUACAUAUAUGGUUUCACCUCUCGAUAUUUAAUUUGGAGAGUUCCUACUUCAAAAUUGCUAUCGCUUUCAGACAUUUUACACAACCUCUAAUGACCAAAGUCCGUACAUGUGUGCUCGGUUUGCAAGUAAGCACAGAGCUGCUCCCAGUCUGUUUGGCUUAAAUGACAUCACGAUGACUGUCCCCUGGCAGUGAAAGUGUGCAUGCGUGAGAUGUAAACAAACCUUCAGAAAUUGGGCAAAACAGUAUAUUUUAACUGUUUUAUUCAAUUUUAGGGUG